AAAUCUUAAACGGUUGGCGCUACAGUCGGCGACAUAACCUAAAAAGAAGUUACCGAUAAAAUGACGGAGCCUAACAAAUCGGAAGAUUUAUGGACUCCAUAUAAAGAACUUCUACACAAUGUUACUACCUACCUCAACGGAGAAUUUCGGAGCGAAUGUUACACCGAGUUUGAAAACAUCCUCAAACAGUACAAACAAACCUUUUAUUCAUUAUUACAAAACCCGCCUAAAAGCGCAAAAUGUCGCGAAGAAUUGAAAAAAGGCAUGGAGGAAGGUAUAAACGUCAGAGAACAUACCCAUCAAGUUCUUUCAAAAGAACUGUAUCAAGAAGCAAUUAUCUUAUCAGAUAUGUAUAAUUUAAAUGAGUUCUCUGCAUUAGAUUUGUUGUGUACCGCCCAAAUACAAAUGUCUUAUUAUCCUGGUCUUCCACGCGGAUUAGUAGCGGUGUUAUUAUACUACGACGGUCGUAAAGCAAUCCUAUCAGUUUUAAGAAUGCUUGUUCAAGCACGAAAAGGUGUUUUAUGGUGUAUAAAAAUCCCCGGGGAUGUUGAACAAUUUAUUACAACAUACACCGAUCAAUUAAUGGAAGGGGGAUUAUUUAAUAGAAUUUUUGAACUUCUAAGAACAUUAGAUUUAAGUAAAGAAAUCGAAAAAUUACAACAAAACGUAGCUUUGGGGGGUCCAAAACAUCAACGUCAAGUAAUCGAUUUAUUUAAUAACAUUCGUUUAAUUUUGGGAGAUAUCGUUUUUUUAUGGGCCUCGCAAUCGGGUUUAUCAAAACAACCAACACUCGGAUUAAUAAAUUAUUUAAGGGAACAAAAAUUCGAGGAGGAAUCGACCGGAAAAAUCGACAACGUAAAUUUGUAUAUGAUAUCGGGAUUUUUAGCGGCAUUAAACUUGAGCGUUCUUCAUGAAAGGGAAGACGGCGAAGAAGCGAUUCAAAAUUUACCGAUUUUAGCCGAGGGCGAUUUCGUCGAGGCGAUAUUAAACGAGUUAUCCCAAAAUAAACCGUGGCAAUGCAGCGGGUUACAAGCGACUGCCAAAUUUGGUUUUGCCGUUUGUUUAUCGUCGUUGCGUUUAAUCCCGCAAUCGCGAAGGAUGCAGAAUUUGAUCGAACAGGAAGAUAUUUUUUGCGAUGCGGCGAUCGAAGGAAAAGUUUUUCGUUAUAUAACAAACGUUAUUUUCACAAAUGAUUUGAUUUAUACCGAGGAUGUUCUUUAUAAACGGUAUCAUAACUUAAUAAGCGAUUUUAUUGUUUAUAUGUAUACAAAAGUGAAAGAAUUACGGAUUAAAGCGGAUGAAAUCGCGCGGACUAUGCAGGUUUAUGCGAACGAAGGGUUGGAGCCGCCUGUUAAUUUGCCAAGACAUUUCGAGGAUUUUUUAUUUUUCGUGGCGAAAUUUUAUGAGAAAGAUCCGUUGAAGCUUAAGGCGAUGUUGGAGUAUUGGUGCCCCUUGGAUCAAAUUAAUUUGAAUGGGUCGCAUAGAGCCCCAUCGCGAUCCGUUUCGUUAUUUAAAUUUGUUAAAUUAGCGGGGGAUGUUAUCCCAUCGACUUUAUUUGUGCCAUAUCUUACAAUGUUGGCGAGUUUAUCUGGUUGCCAACAAGCGGCGAGAUAUUGUUUCAACAUGCUUAAACAAACAACACCUGGGCUUCAAACGACGUUAAGUUGGGAUCACUUUUUUAUGUCUUUUAGCCAAUAUUACUCAAAUUUGCGGCAAGAAAUGCCGUUGGCCAGCGACACAGUUUAUCGCCAUCGAAGUACUUACCUCAAAGGAAUCACCCCGCAAGAAAUCCACGGAUUACAAGCCGUUUUAAAGUUAUUAAAAGCGAUUGCGAGUCAAGAUGAGUUUUCGCGGAUGUCGCUUUGUGAACACCCGGCUUGGGCCCCAUUAAGUAUUUUAUUGGGAUUAGUUAGUUGUUCAGUUCCAAUUCCUUUAAAAGCUGAGAUUUUAUCGACUUUAGCCGCUUUAUCGAAAUCGCCAGAAACUGCUUCGCAAAUGUGGAAUAAUUUAGAAGCAUCCCAAAUUUUAAUAACCGUCCCAAGCACAUCGAGUUAUCAACCAAGGGGGAUUCAAACGGAAUUAGAUGAAGUCGAGUCAAGAAUGGAGGAGUAUCCAUUAACGAAAAGUUUAUUGGAACUUUUAGACGUUUUAACCGAAUUUGGGAUCCCAAGAAAUUUAGGGGCUGGCCCAAGAGUACCGGGUUUCGAUCCUUAUUUAACGUUUAUCGUGAAUUCGGUCUUUUUAAAAUUCCAUACGAGAUCGUACAAAAACCCGGAAGAGAAAUGGGAGAUCGCCGGGUUGUGCUUAAAAUUAUUCGAGAAAUUCAUAAUCCAAUAUAUUCCCGAUGUAACAGAUUUCCAAAACGCUUCUAAACCGGAUAAAUCGAAUUCCCCACCAGGUUUUCACAUCAUGGUUCAAUUAAACACAAAAUCCAACGUUUUGAAUCUAAUCCUUUUUAUUUUACACGAAGGAAUAACCCUAUUUGAUACGUACAAACAUUUCACCGCCGAAACAUUUAUUAAUAAAUGCACGUUAAGUUGUAUGAAUAUAAUCGAAAAAGGGUUAUUAUUACAAAACAGAUUUUUCCAAUUAUUAAGUAGCGCGCCUUUUGGGGUCCCCAUGGUGCAAUUAAGCAAAUUAUUAAUGAGUAUAAAUCAAUGUAGUAAUAAACCCGAUCAUGUUUUGAACAUUGCGAGAUACACAAACCAUCAAAUAACCAUCCCCGCGCAUUGUUUAGUUGCCAUAAACAUAAUAAUACAAUUAACAUCAUCAACUUUAACCCACAACCAAUUAAUGAGCAUAAUCCUCUCAGACACCGACUCAAAUAAAUCAAUUAGAUGCGGAUUUGUGGAGUGUUUAGACGCCCCCAUCGAUUCUAACGAAGACACCGACGUUAAUAGCUUAACAAAAGAUGCGAUUUUAACGUUAUUAAGGCAAUGCUUGCCGUAUAAAGCCCCAAAUUUGUCUCAUUACCUCUUCGGAUUUGAUUUAAAGAAAGAUAUAAGUUUUACAAUUUUCCAAGUACCCGGAGUUAUUGAUUUCCCCCGAACCUGUAUUCACUCAUUAUUUGGUUUAUUAAAGCUUGCGUUAACUCCCGGGAUCCCCAUAAAACCCGGCUUAUUAGAAUCUGGUUAUCAAAUGUUAUACGCUUUAUGUGCUAACCAUAAAACAUCGGAACCAACGCUAAAAUUAUUACGGAUGAUCCCCAAUUUUUUAAAAGACCACAUUUUAGAUAGAUACAAAAAUAUUAACGACGGGAUAAGCGUCGUUAAUCAAUUAUCUUGGUUAUUAAUGACUACAGCCAUCGAAUUAAAAGUGUGUUGCCGCACCAAACAAAUAAAUUACAUGAAACAACUCACCCAACUCUUAGUUGAUAUGCCACCAAGCGAUACUUCAUCAAAAUUUGACCCAUUCACCGUUUUACCGAGUGAGGCAUCGAAAAUUAUACUCAACGACUCGCUUUCGGUGUACUCAACGCUUCAAGAUUACUCGAAAUUAAAUAAUCUUUUAAUAAAAUUGAUCGUGCAAUUCGAUUUUAACAUCAAAGAAGUGGUCGCACCUAAUUGGGAGUUUUUUGAUACAAACGUUUUAAACUCGAUUUUAAAUAGUUGUUACACAGGUACUAAACCGAAAUUGAUCGAUAUUAAAAAAGUGCAUCAAAUAUUAAUGGACGAGUUGGGGAAUAUUCAAGGAACGGCCGCGAUUGGGCAAAGACAAGCGAUUCUUAGGGAGAUCCAAAAAGUGUUAUUGCACGCGCUAAACAUAAAUAAUUCGCGCCGAACCGCAGCGAGUAUGAUUAAGUUUAUUGACGCUUGGAGGCAAGUUGUUGAAGUUUUAGUUCUUUUCGUUCCUUACGAAAUACUCAACGCGGAUGAUCAACAAAUAUUACAAAUUUUUAUUUUGGAGCAACUCCUCGGAAAAGUCGUUAAAGCGCUAUUAUUACCAGAUAUAGGUAAUUAUUUAUCAGGAGCAACAAUUAUUUUAUUAGAUAAUUUGAGGAGGUGCCACAUUUACUCCGAAAAACAAAGAUGCGCUUCAAGAAAACCAACCGAUUUAAACAAAAACACCUUAAGCAUAAUCCAAUCAAAUUCGGCUUCCCUCCGAAUUAUUCUAACCAACUUAAUCGACUGGAUUUUAACCGCCGAUGUAACAGCCCAAAAAUUACGAGUUAAUUUAUACGGGGCCCUCGCAACAUUUUUACAUCUAAUCAACAUCGAAGAUUACGACGAUUUACAAGUUAACGACUCUUUAUAUGUGAGUCGUUUAGACAAUUCAAAAUUAAAAAUACAAAGCGAAUCGUACACCAUUCAAUUAUCAUCGGAUAUAUUUUCUGUGUUUAACGAAAAAUUAAUCGAAGUUUUAUGCCACGAUUGCGCCGGGGGGCAAGAUAUUUGCCGCAUGUUAGCAAUGGCCAGCUUUAGCCUGCUCAUCACGUUAACCGGAAACACAAAUUGGAUCGUUUAUUACUCAGGAAGGGGAUACCUCAAACACACGAUUCAAAGUAUUUUAGAUUCCGAUCAAGAUUUACAACUCGCCAUGGAGCCAAUGCCCGAAAAUCUAAAACCCCUAUACAUAUACGAAUCGAAAAUGUCGUUUUUAACCCGCAUUGCAACAACGAGAGUUGGAGCCGAAUUACUUUUAGAACAAAAUUUGUUAUCGACUUUAUGUAACAUGAAAGUUUUUGAUUACCAUCCGGAAAUCACAAAAGAUUUUUCCGAGGAACAAAUGUUAAUCGAUAAUAUCCCACCGCUAACAACUAGAUAUCUUCAAUUAUGGUUACCAACCCUUCAUAUUUGCGAGGCGAUUCUUACAUCGUUAGGAACUGAAAAUAGAUCUUCCGUUGCUCAAGUAACCCAUUACAUUUUAACCCACAUAGACGUGAUCGAAAUGAUUUUAAGAGCUGGUUCUCCGUUUCUUUCAAACGAUCACUUAAAAGAACUCUCUUUAAUAACCGAGUUAAUCGCGAGAACUGCCAAUAACGAUUUAAUCACGAUUUUAGACGCUGAAGAUAGCAGCGCGUAUUUGCACCGAUUACAAAAAUUAAUGUUAAAUUUAUUACCGAAAUUUAUCCUAACAGAAACAAUAAUUAAAGAAUUAUUAACACAUUCGCCAACGGUGAAUGACACAACGUAUCAAACAUCCGAAAGACUUCUUCACGCCAUGAAAAUCGUCGUUAAUUUAAUGUUAUACGCGCGAAAUCUCGUUGCAAAUCAUGGAAUUGAACAUUCGGGGGUUGGAAUUAUUUUUCAAGCGACGCUUUCGGAGUCACUUAAUGGGCAACAAACUAAAGGUUACAACGAUCAUCUUCCUUCGCUUGGUGUCAUCAUGCAACAUUUAAUAAACACGGUUCAGUAUUAUCACAAAGAAAAAAUAACUUUGAACUAUUUACAAUCAAAAUUAAGCGAUAUUCCUAAUAUGAACACUGUUGAUUUGAAAGAGUUUAUGCCGACGAUUCAAAAAAUGUUUGAUUUGAGUAUGAUGAGGAAGAACGUUUAUGAAAUGAUUGCUGAAAAGUUAAAAAUGAAGAAAUUGGAGAUUGGAUAUGCCACUUUUAUUAUCGAGCAUUCUUUGUAUUUAAUUUGGGUACAUUUGGAUUAUUAUAUGUUGAAGGCUAUUGUUAAAACUCAAAAGAAGAAUAUUGUUGGGUUGAAUACUACCAUUAAUUUUGAUUCAACUUUACCAUCUUCAUCAGAAGUAACAUGGCGUGUAUCAGCAGAUGACGUCAGCAAUUUAAAACAAGGAUUGGUAUCAAUUUUCACAGACAGUUUCAGCAAUCAAUUGGUAGAAACAGCAGAUGAGAACGCAAAAUCAGAUAGAGGACUAGUGGAAGCACUCCUAAGAAAAAUAAAACGCCUAAUACAAUUUGUACCCGUUAAAUGAUAACAAGAAUACAUUUAUUUUUACACGUUUGUAUACAAUUUCUUAAAAAAUAGUAUUGUUAACACUUUUUUCUAUGAAUAAAUAAGAUCAUUAAUA